UAUACGCACACACACCAUAAUUGUCUCUUCAGCAUAUUUGUAUCACAUAACAAGUUCUGGUCUUUCAUCAGUUUCCAACAAUGGUGUGGUUAGGGAAGAAUCCGAUGAGGAUCAAAGUGGCCAGAGUCGUUGUUUUGGUGGCAUUUAUAUUGGGUCUAAGAGGAGCAGAGUGCAGGAAAAAAGGGAAGGUGGUGGAGUCCUUUGAGUACGCUGCUAUAAGUUGCAGAGGACACAGUGCAUUGAUCACAGAUUUUGGAGGAGUUGGCGAUGGAAAGACAUCGAAUACUAAAGCAUUUAAGGAUGCUGUUGAUAAUCUGAGCAAGUACGCAUCCAAGGGCGGUGCUCAGCUUUAUGUUCCUGCCGGAAAAUGGCUGACCGGGAGCUUUAGCCUCACCAGCCACUUCACUCUCUUUCUUCACAAAGAUGCUGUUCUUCUUGCUUCUCAGGAUAUGAAAGAAUGGCCUGUUUUGAAGCCUUUGCCAUCCUAUGGUCGAGGAAGGGAUGCAGCUGGUGGUAGGUUUACCAGCCUCAUAUAUGGCACAAAUCUCACCGACGUCAUCGUUACAGGGGCCAAUGGUACCAUCGACGGUCAGGGUUCAUUCUGGUGGCAAAAUUUCCACAAGGGGAAGUUGAAAUAUACCAGACCUUACCUACUCGAAUUCAUGUACUCGGACAAUAUUCAAAUCUCCAAUGUCACCUUUCUCAACUCCCCAUCAUGGAACGUCCAUCCAGUUUAUAGCAGCAACAUUCUCAUACAAGGCAUCACAAUCAUCGCUCCUGUCAAAUCUCCAAACACAGAUGGCAUCAAUCCAGAUUCUUGCACCAAUGUUAGAAUUGAGGACAGUUACAUAGUCUCGGGAGAUGACUGUAUAGCAGUGAAGAGUGGUUGGGAUGAAUAUGGGAUUUCGUUUGGAAUGCCCACCAAACACUUGGUCAUCAGGAGGCUCACAUGCAUUUCUCCUUACAGUGCCGCCAUUGCCUUGGGAAGCGAGAUGUCGGGCGGGAUUCAGGACAUCAGAGCGGAAGACAUCACCGCGAUUCAUACCGAGUCCGGAGUCAGGAUCAAGACGGCUAGAGGAAGAGGAGGGUUCGUGAAGGAUGUGUACGUCAAAAGAAUGUCCCUGCACACCAUGAAAUGGGUGUUUUGGAUGACCGGGAACUAUAAACAGCAUGCCGAUAAUCACUACGAUCCCAAUGCAUUGCCCGUGAUUCAAGGGAUCAAUUACAGAGACAUCGUGGCGGAUAACGUGUCGAUGGCGGCCAGAUUGGAAGGCAUCGAAGGUGAUCCGUUUACUCAAAUCUGCAUAUCAAAUGUCACAAUUGGAAUGGCAGCUAAAGCAAAGAAGGUGCCAUGGACUUGCACCGACGUUGAGGGGAUAACAAGUGGAGUAAGUCCUCGACCAUGCGAUCUACUACCCGAUCAAGGCCCCGAGAAAAUCACAGCUUGCGACUUUCCGGCCGAGCCUUUGUCCAUUGAUAGAGUGAUGCUCAAAAGAUGCACCUCUAAGGUCAAGCAUAUGUGAAUGAAAAAAACCCUAAGUAGAAUUUUAUGUCGUAGUUGGGUACUUAUGAGUC